AUGUCGUGUGUGGGGAGUCCUCUUGGAUUAUUAGUUCAACUUUUUGGUACAUGGAGACUAUACAUAUUCAUAAAGAAAAGAAAAGAAAUUAAACGCAAGAAAGCAUUUUUCAAACGAAAUGGUGGCCUUUUGUUGGAACAGCAGAUACAUUCAGGUGAAAACAAUGUCGAGCAAACCAAGCUGUUCGAUUCAAAAGAGUUAGAGAAGGCAACUGAUAAUUUCAACAUAGACAGAGUUCUUGGGCAAGGAGGCCAAGGCACUGUGUACAAAGGAAUGUUGGAAGAUGGAAAGAUUGUUGCUGUAAAGAAAUCUAAAAUAAUUGAUGAAGCCAAACUCUCUGAAUUCAUCAAUGAAGUUGUCAUUCUUACACAAAUCAAUCAUAGAAAUGUUGUCAGGCUAUUGGGAUGUUGUCUGGAGACAAAUGUUCCACUUCUAGUUUAUGAAUUCAUCCCAAACGGAACACUUUCUGAGUAUAUUCAUGACAAAAAUGCAGAGUUUCCUUUCACAUGGAACAUGAGAUUACGAAUUGCAACUGAAGUUGCAGGAGCUCUUUCAUACUUACACUCAGCAGCGUCUUUUCCAAUUUAUCAUCGAGAUGUCAAGUCUGCGAACAUACUCCUUGAUGAAAAAUUGAGGGCAAAAGUUGCAGACUUUGGUACAUCAAGAACUAUCUCCUUAGAGCAAACUCACCUGACCACUUUAGUUUAUGGCACAUUUGGCUAUCUAGAUCCAGAAUACUUUCAGUCUAGCCAAUUCACAGAUAAGAGUGAUGUUUAUAGUUUUGGAGUGGUUCUUGUCGAGCUCUUGACCGGGCAAAAAGCAAUAUUUGCAACAAGGUCAGAGGAGGAAGGAAGAAGUUUGGCAACAUAUUUCAUGGUGACGAUGGAGGAAAGGAGCAGUAGUUUGUUCGACAUUCUUGAUGGUCAAGUUCUCAAAGAUGCGCCAAAAGAAGAGAUCUUAAUUGUUGCUGAUCUUGCAAAGAGAUGCUUACAUUUGAAUGGAAGGAAUCGACCUACCAUGAAAGAAGUAGCAAAGGAGCUAGAGAGGAUUCAAGGCAUUGAUAAUAAAGAUUCCAAUGGUAUUCAACAUAAUUAUGAAGAUCUAGCAUACGCACAACCUGAAAUUGCAGACUCUUGGAAUAAUUCCACAUCGUCAAUAGAGUUAACUUUUGACAGUGCUGCUACUAGCUUCUCGUUGCAUCAAGAAUUAUCAUUGUUGUAA